AUGGCAUUGCCCAGCUUGCAGCACUAUGUGGACAGGUUGAUGUUUGAGGGCCAGUGUGCAGACUGUGCGUUGGUGAACGUCAGUACCCGCAGGGUGAUGGCGGCCACUCCAGGGGGAUCACUGGAACAUCUGACCCGGCGUGAGAUUAGGAGGAUACUGGCCAGGAAGAGAGAGGCCAUCCAGACCCAGGGAGUGAGCCUGGGGGGGCUGCGCUGUGCCCUGGUGAGGGACAACAUGGUCACCCCAGGGGAGAGGUCAAUGGACCUGCGCACCAAGCACAGGCCCAGCCGGGGUGUGGCCGUGCGCCGGACACGCCAUCUCCUCCUGGUGCUCCUCGGCAACAGGGGGAUCAGCAGCGGAUUCCUCAAUCACAAGGCCUAUCAGAUGGCUGCAUGCCUUCGCAAGGCAGGAUCAUCACAACUUGCUUGA